AAUAAAACAACAUUUUAAACCGCUUUCAGUAAUUUAUGGGUCACAGUAAUACUGUUGCUCUGAAACUUUACCUAAGGUAAAGCAAAAGAGAAACUGUGUCAAUGACCUGAAGAUAAGAGAGCAUAAAGAAAAAGAGACAUAAAUAUAAAAUCAAGGACUUUAAAGAAAAUCACUCUUUUUAAAUCUGAAUGGGAAAUUAUCAGUAUGAACUCAUGAUGAAUUUUCUUUUAUGUAUAUUAUAUAAAUUAAUAUAUGUGAUAAAAAUCAUAUAUUUUUAUUAACAUAACCUGUUAGCAUAUCAUGUUCCUUUCUGGUCUGUUUUUCUCUAAGUAUAUUUUUAUAGCUGGAAUCAAACUGUACAUAAAAUUUACUCAUAUUUUCCUCCUAGGAUUAAUCAUAUUGAAAGUUAAAAUAUUAAAAUAGAAUAUAUUAAAAUAUUAACAAUAUUUUAAAAAUAAUGUUUUAUUCAACUGCAAACAUCCAAAAUAUCAUUUCAACAUGCAAUCAGUAAAAAAUAUGAUCACCAGUCUUGGCCAUUUCAUGUGUUUUAUGCUAGAUUUCAUCUCAAAUUGAACGGGCCAAGUUUUAUGUUCUCAGUUAGCAGGCAGAUGGGACUGGGGCCACCGUGUUGCACGUGGGGGCUGGGCACCGUGUUGCAGUCCCAGGGGGCUGGGCUCAGCAUGCUGGCCCCAGGGAGGAUGGGCAUUGGCUUGCAGAGGUCUGGGGAUCCUAUUCUCUUCAUCUUAUCUGACCCUGAGAAGGGCCUAAAUGACCAGUGACAGUCGUGUCCACUGACUGGCGAGCCACUUACUGGCUGGCUGGGAUGGGGCUGGUCCAUGGUUCUGCAGCCAUGGUGGGGCUGGCCAUAGAGGCAGCCACAGGGAAGGCAGGAGGCCUCCCUGGUUGCUCCAGUCUGAUUCCUGAUGCCCCAGAAGUGCCCAGCAUCCAAAAUUCUGCCUCGAGCCACGCAGUCAGACCUACAGCCACCUGCAGCCCCCCCUCUGCCCAGAAAGACUCCUGCUAAAAGCUGUGAGCCCAUCAGGGGUGUGGUCUACAGGGUACAUAAUCCUGCUGCCAGGCCAGAGCUGCUUCAGGGCAGGCACUGCCGACUCAUUCCAGGCUGUGUGCAUGGGCAAAGCUUGGCAGGAGUCACACUUUACCCAACCCCGGCACUCACUCUGCUGGGACAAAGCCAUCAACCUUUAGUGGGCAGAGACCCAAGACAAGCUGCUGAAAGCAAAGAAUAGACCUCCCCUCCCCAGGCCCCCUGCACAGUCCUGCAUCCACCUCCAAACUUCAGAGGCUCCCCAAGCCCCUAGGCAUCCCCCAGGUGUGGUUACGUCCUAUGGCCAGGUGUGGUUACGUCCUGCUGCAGCUGGUGGUGGGGGCUGGUCCCAGGCUUGGCCUGCAGUCCCGGGAGCUCUACAGGGGGGACCUGACAGCCUGGGCCAGUUAGGGUCCUGCCCGCCUCUCACAAUGUCUGGGCAAACAGCCUCCGGACUCAUAUGAUCCUCAGUCUCCUCAUCUAUAAAAUGUGAACUCCCCUAACGCCCCUUGCGUCCAGUCUGCCUGUAUCUCUGUUGGCUCCUCUGUGAUGACAGAGGGAACCCAGGCUGAGGAGACUUGCAGCCUCCUCUGUUGGGGAGGCGUUCCUUGUGUGGAAGGCCAUGGCGGGGAGAAUUUCAGGGCUCGGGUUUCUUCUUUCCUCAAUUCAUGUCCAUUGAAUCAGUGAUGUUAUUUAACCAUCUCAUCCUCUUCCGCCCCCUUCUCAUUUUGUCCUCAAUCUUUCCCCACAUCAGGGUCUUUUCCAAUGAGUCAGUUCUUCCCAUCAGGUGGCCAAAAUAUUGGAGCUUCAGCAUCAGUCCUUCCAAUGAAUAUUCAGGGUUGAUUUCCUUUAAGACUGACCUGUUUGAUCUCCUUGAUCACUGGACUAAUCAUUACAGCAAACCUCAGAAACUCUCAUCAGGGUAGUUGUGGGGUGAGUGUGGACAUAGAUCGCUCGGGCUGUGGUUGGAGUGGGGACCUGGGGCUCAGGGGCACCAAGAGAAGGCUGACAGUCACAUGGGACUCACGUCCACCUCGACCUCUGGCCCAGCCUCAGAUGAUUUCAAAGGAUUAGGGUAAUUAGGGCACUGCCUUCAAGCCAGGAGCCUGCUGAAAGAGCCAGUUAUGUCCAAUUGUCUCAAUUAUGCAAACAGUGCUGACAUUUUUAGCUGGGAAGGGCUGCUGGAGGAAGGGUCACUUCAAAGGGAAAGUUCUUGCUCCCCUCCUCCCGCCUCCCCAGACCCCAAGGCUGCUUUUGUGGCAUCGACAUUGAACAGUCUGGUGGGGUGGGCUGGGCUGUGGCUUCCUUUUUGGGCCUUGAAGCGAGGUCACAAGCCUCAUGGGGAUCAUGAGGGCUCAGUAUGGGGGCUCACGUGCUCCUCAUGUGGACGCCCCCUCUUAAAGGGUGGGCCCUCCUCAGUGAGCCUCCUGCCUGGCCAGAGGAGGUGGCGGAAAGAGGCCAGCUGCACCCUCUUGGCCCUGUGCUGGGGCAGGGACAGAAAGCUUGGAUAGAAAAAACCUUUUGCAAACGAGAAUGUAUCUUUGUCAUUCCCAGCACUAAAGACCCUAACAGGUGUUGCUGUGGCCAGCUCACCAACCAACACAUCCCCCCUCUGCCAAGUGUAACAGCCAGCAAAAAUGGAGAGGAAAACAAGUUGGCGGAAGUUCAACCCGAAAAAUGGUCUGUUGGCAAACACACCCAGAGCUACCCCACAGAUUCCUAUGGGAUUCUCGAAUUCCAGGGCGGCGGAUACUCCAACAAAGCCAUGUAUAUCCGGGUCUCCUACGACACCAAGCCAGACUCGCUGCUUCAUCUCAUGGUGAGAGACUGGCAGCUGGAGCUCCCCAAGCUCUUAAUAUCCGUGCAUGGGGGCCUUCAGAACUUUGAGAUGCAGCCCAAGCUGAAGCAGGUCUUCGGGAAAGGCCUGAUCAAGGCUGCCAUGACCACUGGGGCCUGGAUCUUCACCGGGGGCGUCAGCACGGGUGUCAUCAGCCACGUGGGGGAUGCCUUGAAGGACCACUCCUCCAAGUCCAGAGGCCGGGUCUGUGCUAUAGGAAUUGCUCCCUGGGGCAUUGUGGAGAACAAGGAAGACCUGGUUGGAAAGGAUGUGACACGGGUGUACCAGACCAUGUCCAACCCCCUGAGUAAGCUCUCCGUGCUCAACAACUCACACACGCACUUCAUCCUGGCCGACAAUGGCACCCUGGGCAAGUACGGGGCCGAGGUGAUGCUGAGACGGCAGCUAGAGAAGCACAUUUCUUUGCAGAAGAUCAACACGAGGCUGGGGCAGGGCGUGCCCCUCGUGGGCCUUGUGGUGGAAGGGGGCCCGAAUGUGGUUUCCAUCGUCCUGGAAUAUCUCCGAGAAGAGCCCCCGGUCCCCGUGGUGGUCUGCGAUGGCAGUGGCCGAGCCUCAGACGUCCUGUCCUUUGCCCACAAGUACUCGGAGGAAGGAGGGAUAAUCAAUGACUCCCUCAGGGACCAGCUUAUAGUCACCAUUCAGAAAACGUUUAAUUACAACAAGACACAGUCACAUCAGCUGUUUGCGAUGAUCAUGGAGUGCAUGAAGAAGAAAGAGCUGGUCACUGUGUUUAGGAUGGGUUCUGAGGGUCAGCAAGACAUCGAGAUGGCGAUUUUAACUGCCCUGCUGAAAGGAACAAAUGCAUCGGCUCCGGACCAGCUGAGCUUGGCACUGGCUUGGAACCGUGUGGAUAUAGCUCGGAGUCAGAUCUUUGUCUUUGGGCCCCGCUGGCCGCCCCUGGGAAGUCUGGCGCCCCCGACGGAUAGCAAGGCCACAGAGAAGGAGAAGAAGCCACCUACGGCGACCACCAAGGCAGCAAGAGGAAAAGGAAAAGGCAAGAAGAAAGGGAAGGUGAAGGAGGAGGUAGAGGAAGAAACUGACCCCCGGAAGCUUGAGCUGCUGAACUGGGUGAAUGCUCUGGAGCAGGCCAUGCUGGAUGCAUUGGUCUUAGACCGUGUGGACUUUGUGAAGCUCCUGAUUGAAAAUGGAGUCAACAUGCAACAUUUUCUCACCAUCCCGAGGCUGGAAGAGCUUUAUAACACAAGACUGGGCCCACCCAAUACACUUCAUUUGCUGGUGAGGGAUGUAAAAAAGGGCAACCUUCCUCCUGACUACCACAUCAGCCUCAUAGACAUCGGGCUCGUACUGGAGUACCUCAUGGGUGGCGCCUACCGCUGCAACUACACGCGCAAGAGCUUCCGGACCCUCUACAACAACCUGUUUGGACCCAAGAGGCCGAAAGCUCUCAAACUUCUUGGAAUGGAAGAUGACGAGCCACCAGCCAAAGGGAAGAAAAAGAAGAAGAAGAAAAAGGAGGAGGAGUUGGACAUUGAUGUGGAUGACCCGGCCGUGAGUCGAUUCCAGUACCCCUUCCAUGAGCUGAUGGUGUGGGCGGUGCUGAUGAAGCGCCAAAAGAUGGCAGUCUUCCUCUGGCAGCGGGGGGAGGAGAGCAUGGCCAAGGCCCUGGUGGCAUGCAAGCUCUACAAGUCCAUGGCCCACGAGUCCUCCGAGAGCGAGCUGGUGGACGACAUCUCCCAGGACUUGGACAACAAUUCAAAAGACUUUGGCCAGCUGGCUGUGGAGCUUCUGGACCAGUCCUACAAGCACGAUGAGCAGAUCGCCAUGAAACUACUGACGUACGAGCUGAAAAACUGGAGCAAUUCGACCUGCCUCAAACUGGCUGUGGCAGCCAAACACCGGGACUUCAUCGCCCACACCUGCAGCCAGAUGCUGCUGACGGACAUGUGGAUGGGGAGGCUGCGGAUGAGGAAGAACCCUGGCCUGAAGGUUAUCAUGGGGAUUCUUCUCCCCCCAACCAUCUUGUUUUUGGACUUUCGCACCUAUGAUGACUUCUCCUAUCAAACAUCCAAGGAAAAUGAGGAUGGCAAAGAAAAAGAAGAGGAGAAUAUGGAUGCGAAUGCAGAUGCCAGCUCCAGAAAGGGGGACGAGGAGAACGAACACAAAAAGCAACGAAGUGUCCCCAUUGGGACCAAGAUCUGUGAAUUCUACAACGCCCCCAUUGUCAAGUUCUGGUUUUACACAAUAUCCUACCUGGGGUACCUACUGCUGUUCAACUACGUCAUCCUGGUGCGGAUGGAGCGCUGGCCCUGCCUCCAGGAGUGGAUCGUCAUCUCCUACAUCCUGAGCCUGGCCUUGGAGAAAAUUCGGGAGAUCCUCAUGUCAGAACCGGGUAAGCUAAGCCAGAAAAUAAAAGUUUGGCUACAGGAGUACUGGAACAUCACAGACCUCGUGGCCAUUUCCAUGUUCAUGAUCGGAGCCAUCCUUCGCCUCCAGAAGCAACCUUACAUGGGCUAUGGCCGUGUGAUCUACUGCGUGGACAUCAUCUUCUGGUAUAUCCGUGUCCUGGACAUCUUUGGUGUCAACAAGUACCUGGGACCCUACGUGAUGAUGAUCGGAAAAAUGAUGAUUGACAUGCUGUAUUUCGUGGUCAUCAUGCUAGUGGUGCUGAUGAGUUUUGGAGUAGCCCGUCAAGCCAUCUUGCAUCCAGAUGAGGAGCCUUCUUGGAAACUGGCCCGGAACAUCUUCUACAUGCCCUACUGGAUGAUCUACGGGGAGGUGUUUGCAGACCAGAUAGACCGUAAGAAUAGAAUUCAUACUCCUUGUGGUGACAACCAGUACGAUGAGGAAGGCAAGCGGCUCCCCCCUUGCAUCCCGGGUGCCUGGCUCACGCCUGCCAUCAUGGCCUGUUACCUGCUAGUGGCCAACAUCCUGCUUGUGAACCUGCUCAUCGCCGUUUUCAACAAUACCUUCUUUGAAGUGAAGUCAAUAUCCAACCAAGUGUGGAAAUUCCAGCGUUAUCAGCUAAUUAUGACAUUUCAUGACCGGCCUGUCCUGCCUCCACCAAUGAUCAUUUUAAGCCACAUCUAUAUUAUCAUCAUGCGUCUCAGCCGUCGCUGCAGGAAGAAACGAGAAGGGGACCAAGACGAACAGGAUCGUGGAUUGAAGCUAUUUCUCAGCGACGAGGAGCUGAAAAGGCUGCACGAGUUUGAGGAGCAGUGCGUCCGGGAGCACUUCCAGGAGAAGGAGGACGAGCAGCAGUCUUCCAGCGAGGAACGCAUCCGUGUCACCUGCGAGAGAGUUGAAAACAUGUCCAUGAGGUUGGAGGAAAUCAACGAAAGAGAAAACUUUAUGAAAACUUCCCUACAGACUGUGGACCUUCGCCUCUCCCAACUGGAAGAACUAUCCAACAGAAUGGUGAACGCGCUGGAAAACCUGGCAGGAAUCGACAAGUCUGACCUGAUACAGACGCGGUCCCGGGCCUCCUCGGAAUGUGAUGCCACGUUCCUUCUCAGGCGGAGCAGCAUCAGCAGCGCUGAUGGCUACAGCCUGUACAGGUACCAUUUCAAUGGGGAUGAGCUGUUGCAUGAGGAUACCUCCUUCUGCAUGCCGCCAGGGGCAGCGUCCAGGAAAAAAGCUGGUUCCUUCCGUGGGAAGGAAGAAAAGGACCAAAGGACGUACCUGGCCCCGGAGCGCCAGGGCAGCCUUCACCUGCCACCCAGUACCGGCGUGCCAGCAUCCCCAGACCGAGGUCAACUUGCCUCCGACAACGGCAAGAGCACCUCGGAGCCAAAGUCAGGUCCAGAUACUGGGAUUUCUGCUGAAAGUGAUGAAAGGCAGGUAGUCCCUAAAAAAGAAGAAAUGACUUCCCCAAGUUUAAGUCAAACAGAUGCUAUACAUGGAGAAAACAAGUCGGAUUUUCAAAAUAAAACUCAGCUGACAGUGGAAACCACAAAGAUAGAAGGCACCAUUUCUUAUCCCCUGGAAGAAUCAAAGACAAGCCGCUAUUACCCUGAUGAGACGUUCAGCGCUUGUAAAACGCUCAAGUCCAGAAGCUUUGUGUAUUCCGGGGGAAGAAAGGUCAUUGGUGGGGCUAACAGCUGGGGUGCAGCCGGGGACCCAACAUGCCCCUCGACAGUUCAGCAGUGGACCACGGAAUGGAAGUAUGAAGUUCAAAAGAUUAUGCGUUCUCAGAGCACGGAAAUACCUUCCGUUGCCUCUGAAGCUGCACUGCAGGCUGAGCAUUGUGGACAUUUCACAGACAAGGAAGAUGAAAACUGUGUUUUUAAAACAGCCCCUCAGAUCUCUCGCUUGUCUGUUACUGACAGAACUGACAAGGUAAACUUACUGUCUGUGAAAACACACCAAACUUUGGGAUUCCCAUCUUCAAGGUCAAAAAGUUUACACGGCCGUCCUAGGAGUGUGAAAGCCCUCCAGGGCAACUUACACAGACCUGGACACGCCAGCAGUGUAAAUAACUUAGUAGUUGUGUCUGGAAUUACAAUGGAAGACCCCAAGGUUCAGCAAGAGAAGACUUCCUCAGAAACAGAAUGCUAGUGUGUUUUGUUUCUUUGGUUUUUACAUCGGAACCAUGGAUGUGUUCCAUCUUGGUCAUCUAAACAUCAUCAGUUUCUGAAAACAUUUUCAUUAGAGAUCUUUGACCAUUAAUUUAAUUUACAUUUUGACUAAUUUAAAAUGUAAAGGCACUAAACUUUAAGUAAUAGUCCGGUAGCAUAUGUUAGUAAACUUAGUUUUUUUUUUAGUUGGAAUAGGAUCAAGAAAAGUGAAGACUCCAUUUGCUUAAUCAAUAGGCAAGAGCCUGUGAUCUCUUUGGGGCUUCCCAGGUGGCUCAGAGGUUAAGAAUCCACCUGCCACUGCAGGAGACCCAGUUCAGUAAUGGGCUGGGAAGAUCUCCUGGAGAAGGAAAUGACAACCCACUCCUGUAUUCCUGCCUGGGAAAUCCCAUGGACAGAGGAGCCUGGGGGCUGCAGUCCUUGGGGGUCACAAAAGAGUCCAACAUGACAUAGCGACUAAACAACAAUUACAACAAUCUCUAUUUCUGAGGGCAACCAAAAACAGCCAAAGACAUGCUUUUGGGUGUCACCAAUAGUUUACUUAAGGGAGUAAGCAGCUAUGUGAGAAAGGGAAAUGAAAGAAAAAGCAAACGAGAAAGGAGGGGUGGAAGAGAAAACAAACUAAGAAGUGCAAGAAGGGAGGACUGGAAAGGGUACUUAAGUAUCAUAUCUUCUUUAUGGGUUUUUGUUUGUUUUAUGUUUUCAUGUUUUAAAAUUACACAAUAAGAAAAAAAGGCCAUGAUUAUAUCAAAGGUCACACUGUAAUAGGGUAAGGUGACCAAUAGUUUUGUUAAUGUGUAAAGAUAGUGUCCCAUGUGAAUCUUCUUGUUGUCACAUAGUCCUGGAUGCCAAAUACAAAUUAAUUGUACUUCUGUAUAUUGCAAUGGUCUGUGUAAAGCUGCGGCUAAAAUCUAAAGGAUCCAUGUUCGAGGUGGGAGUUCUCAAGAGUGUCAAAGAUGAGUCACGGCUAAAAACAAAAGGUGAGGCUCAAUUUGGAAUUUCAGACAUAACAUUGCCGUAAGGUGGCAAAGAGUUGGGGAGAGAGGUAGAGAGAGAGAGAUACAGUGCCGUUGUGCCAAAGGUACUGAUCAGAGACUCUGGAGGCUGAAGAGAUUCAUGCCCAGAUCAGAAUCCCUGAACUGGGCUGGAUUUACCAGAAAGCACUGCUACACCAUUGCGUGGAUGAUGGGACUUUGACAUUUAAUAAAUGAUAACAUUUAUUUAAUAAAGAAAACAAUUGCUUAUCUAUUGCUACAUUGAGACUGUUCAAUCAAUCCUGCUCCCUGUGUUAUUUGACCCAAGGAUAAACCCAUUCUAUUUGGCCUCGUUCCUAAUUCUUUGCUUUGGAUGCCCAGAAAACUUUCAGCCCUUUCAGUUCAGUCAGUUCAGUCUCCAGUGUUGGAGUUUCAGCUUCAGCAUCAGUCCUUCAAAUGAAUAUUCAGGACGCAUUUCCUUUAGUAUGGACUGGUUGGAUCUCCUUGCAGUCCAAGGGACUCUUAAGAGUCGUCUCCAACACCAUAGUUCAAAAGCAUCAAUUCUUCAGCCCUUUGCCACACCCUAAAAAAAAGUGUUUCUCAGCAUAAGCUGGAGAACCUCUGACAGCCCUAGAGAACAGGUUUGAAGAAGGCAAAGUUUCUCUUCAGAAUUCUCCACCUGUCCACUCAUUACAUAGCCCCCCAUUCUAGGUCCCUCCCACCUUGCCUCAGGUGUGGGGCCUGAAUCUAUCCCCAGGAGUCUCACUGAGUCUCCUGUUGACAUACUGGAAUGGGUAGCUAUUCCCUUCUCUAGGGAUCUUCCUGACCCAGGGAUUGAACCCAGGUCUCCUAUACACCUGGGAAGCAAUAUUUCUAAUUCUGGUUUACCUAAUUUAUUCAUGUUUCCUGUCAUUUUCUUUGUGUCUUUUAACUCCAUGAAAUGCUGGGCGUUGUUUUGAUCUGUAUGGAGGGUGUGCUACCUCGUGUGCUUUUACUGUCUGUAGGAAUGCUAUUCUGAUCUUUUUUAUUGUAAUACUUGUCUAUGGGAUUUGACUUCCAGGCUUUCCCUUGAUUAUUGUUAUGUGAAAUAGGUUUUCUCAAACUUUUUGAAGACGGCAGUUCUCAGGAUAGCUUUUCUAACUUCACAAGAAAACCUUCUUUAUUUUUACAGUCUGGCAUUAAAAUUUUGUAAAAGCCAGGGGACUUCCCUCGGGGUCCAGUGGUUAAGAGUUCAUGCUUCCAUUGCAUAGGGCACAGGUUCAGUCCCUGGUCAGGGAACUAAGAUUCCCACAUGCCCUGCAAACAACAAAAGAAAUUGUACAGUCAGCUUAUUUUCAGAGAUUCCUGGUCCUCCAUCUUUAUUUGGACCUUCCCUUUCCUUUGUCUUGACUUGGCUUAUUUUGUUUCCAUGCCCAGCAGUCUGUCCUUGGUGUGGCUCCUUUGCUUUAAAGGAAGUCCAGGUAGGUCAGUUUCAAGAGUUCCUCUAGCAGUUUCAAAAGUUCCACCCCUCAGACCUCACCAGGAGCCCCUGCGCUCCCAAACACCAUUCUCUACUUGCUCUUCUCCACUUGACUGACCGGGCCAGUAAAUACCUUCUGGCUAUUUGGGAAUUCUCCAGAUGCUUCAUUGAUUCCCUUUGCUGAUAUCACAAAAAUCUUCUAAGUGCUGUGGUUUGCUCCUACUUACCUAUAUUUUGGAAAUCUUGGGGAAAACAGUUCACUUAGAUUUGUGGUGAAUGUUGUCCAUGGGGCUUCAUUUUUGCACUAUAGUUCCUUUGUCUAUUUUCCUGGGGAAACUGAAAAAUUAUGCUGCUGUUGUCAUCGUCUCAGAAUUCCCCCUCAGGAAAAAGAUGUUUUAAAUGACUUAAUAGUUAUCUUCAAAGGCCAUAUACUCAGGUAAUGGCAUAGUUUUGUAGACAUUGUUGUUGUUUAGUUGCUCAGUCGUGUUCCGACUCUUUGCGACCUCAUGGACUAUAGCCCACCAGGCUCCUUUGCCCAUGGAUUUUCCCAGGCAAGAAUACUGGGGUGUGUUGCCAUUUCCUUGUACAUAACCACCAUACACUACCUCUCCCCCACUGCUUCCACCAUCACUUUCUGUUAUCUGGACUCUUCUAACAGUUCCUAACUAGCAUUGUUAAUGAAAGUGGGGUCUGGCUGUUGGCUGCUCUAAAGUCAGUAAAGGAGCAAGGUUGGUGGGAAGUUUGCUUUAUUUCAGAAGCUGGCAAUGUUGCAGGGGGUCAGGGGAGAGGAGACUCCUGUUCAAAGGCUGACUCCCACCACUAUCAGUGGGCAAGGGCUUUUCUAGGCAGAAGGAGGGGGCUUCAUGCAGAAACAGCACAGGCAGCUCUGACAGUCAUCUUGAAAUUGGUCAUCAGUGGUCUGACCAGUGUUAUCUUGAUCAUUUUGAGUACAAUUAAUCUUCAGUCCUGGAGCUGGUUUGUUCCCAUUUCUUUGAGGACAGUUCUCAGAAUUGUGGCAGCUAAGGUCAUGAACACAGUCUGGUUGUCACGUAUUGAUAGUUAACCUCUUCCGCCUGGUGGGGGUUUCAGUAC